AUGUAUAAAUUGCAUAAUGGAACUGUGGUUAUUACUGGCGCGUCGUCUGACACGGGCGUUGCGAUCGCCAUGAUGUUCGCUCACUGUGGGUGUGAACGUAUCUUCGUAGGUGAUGCGAGUGGUCCGCGACUUGAAGAAUGUCGCAAACUGGUCGUUUCUCAGUAUCCUUCUGUAAACUUCCACUCGAGAGCAUUCGACAGAUCAAGAGAAGAGGACGUGGACAAUUUCUUCGCAACUGUUACAAAAACCUUUGGGCGGAUCGACUUCUCUGUAAAUGUGGUCUUCCAAGCACAGGAGACGAUUGACGUGGCAGGACGCUCUAUUGAGAAAUACGACAGAUCUUACUCUGUCUAUCAGAAAGGGGUUCGCACCAACUGUUCUCGAUUUUGUCUUCCAGUCAUUCUGAUGGUUUGUUCCCAACAGGCAUUUCUCAUUCAACGUGCACUCCUUCGCCAGAUGCUGAAACAAGAAGUCCGCGCAGAGACGGAAUGCCGCGGUAGCAUCGUCAACAUCGUGGAGUUUGGCCCAACGAUAUUGCUGGCGCAUAACCCAAUCACGGCCGCCGUGGCCAAUGCAGUGAUAGGUCUGAGUAAAACGGAUGCUUUCGAUUAUAUGCAAGAUAACAUUCGGAUCAAUUGCAUUGCGGCCAGCGAAGUGCUGACACCCAGAGCGGAACACAAAUACGGUGAAGGUGUUUUCUCGUUGAGGAAGGGGAGACCAGACGACGUUGCCAGCACAGCGACCUGGAUUUCCUCGCCAAUGUCAAGCUGGCUGACGGGAAUGAUCAUUCCUGUGGAUGGUGGCCUCCAUCUGCACAGUUUCUGGUGA